AGUCCUCAUGGGCAAUAACGGCCGUGACAGCAGUGGAGAUGGCGUACGCGAUAGUAGCUCCCGUGUUUCCCUCUCCUGUUUCGUCCUCCCACCGUCCCCCGCCCCCUCUCCUCCCACUCCCUUCUCCCUCCCACCCUCAGAGUCCUCAUGGGCAAUAACGGCCGUGACAGCAGUGGAAAUGGCGUACGCGAUAGUAGCCCCCGCGUAUCCCAAUCUUCCGCCCGCAGCGCGCGUGUCGCUACAGCAGGUGCUGGAAUGCGAGCCCAGCAACAGCAGCUGCAGCGGCGGCGGGUGGCCCACGUCAGCGUUGGACUACAUGGUGGACGCCACCCAGGCCAAUGGGGGCCUCGCGACGGAGGCUGCUUACCCUUAUACGCAGAAGCAGGGCGGGUGGCCCACGUCAGCACUGGACUACAUGGUGGACGCCACUCAGGCGAACGGGGGCCUGGUUACAGAGGCUGCUUAUCCUUACACGCAGAAGCAGGGCGCUUGCAAUGCGACCAGGGGCACGUGCAACGCCAGCAGGGUGAGCAGGGAGUGGCUGGGUUUGUGCUCGCAACCUGACCGUGCAGCAGGUGAAGCAUCUUCUGCGCAAGUGGCCUCACUCACACUUCAGUUCUCCCCUGCCUCCCCCCCACCUGCCUCCCCCCCACCUGCCUCUGCUGUGCGCUGCAGUGGCAAGGAGCUACUUCCAAGGAGCUGCUGCACAAGAGCGUGGCCAAGGCCAUUGGUUGGGGUGAUCGGGUACGAGCCAUGUGCUGACCUCACACACUUUCCCCUCCCUCCUCUCUCCUUUCCCUCCCUCCUCCCUUCUUUCCCCUCCCUCCUCUCCCCUUUCCCUCCCUCCUCGCACACCCCUCAGUCCAAGGAGCUGCUGCGUAAGACCGCGCCCAAGGCCAUUGGGGUGAUAGGGUACGACCAGGUGGACUUCUUUGGCUGGCUCGGACUCACGCUCGCCGUGCAGACCCAGCCCACCAUCGCUUUUGUGAGAGGCAGCCAUCCCACCUUCCUGUCUUACCGCAAGGGCACGUACAGCGACCGGGCGUGUGCGGGGGGGGUGGUGGAUCACAGCGUGGUGGUGGUGGGGUAUGAACUCGAUAACUACGACACUCUGCCCUACUGGAUCAUCCGCAACUCGUGGGGCGACAAAUGGGGCGAGAAGGGCUACAUGCGCAUGGCCAUGGUGGGCGGCAUAGGGAUAUGUGGCAUUCAUUCGGUGCCGGCCAUCUACCCCGUUAUCAAGACCCCCUCGCCCUGCAACGAUCAGAUCAACCCGUGCGGGUGGGGAGACUGCGAGGCCAACACGGCCGACCCCUCUGGCCCACCCUACGUGUGCUCCUGUGCGGAUGGCUUCGUACCUGCCACCAACAGCGACGGCACCCCCACCUGCGCUCUAGAUGACGUGUGCUCGUGGUUUGAGGGCGGAAAUCCCUGUGGAGUGGGCUCGUGUCUGAGCGACAACGAGGGCGGCUACCUCUGUCUCUGCCCGCCCGGCUUCAAGAGAGGCCUUCGUGCGGGCGGCACUGAGCUUUGCGUGCCCACCGCCGAGCGCCCGUCCACCGUCUCGUACCCAAUGGACGUGGACUGCGAGCUGGUGUAUCAGAUCUACGGGCUGGAGGAGGAGCAGUUCCUUGUUCAGAACCCCGACCUG